UCCAUCGCGGGCCUUUUCAACCACAACUUAAUUAGAAAACUAAUUAGUCAAAGUGAAUAAUGAACGUGGCCGUGUUAACUAAAAACAACUAAAUAACUAAAACUAAAAUGGAUAACUACGAACAGCACAAUGAAGUAUCGACAUCCUACGACAAUAAUAGUUUAAAACACAAUUACAGUGAAUGCAAAAAUGAAUACGAAUACACGAAAUACGAAAAGAACUACCCAAUUUACGACCAAAAAAACUAUCGUAUGAAAAUAGACGAGCAUUUGAACCAAGGGAAUUUAAACACACCGUUUUCAGUCAAAGAUAUAUUGAAUAUAAACCAGACAUCCUAUUACGAAAGGAGUGAUUGGAAACCGGAGAAAGACAGACGGAAUCCAGAAUACGAAACCUUAUAUCACCAAAGUCAGUACUGCCCAGAAUAUUUCAGCCAAGUAUACCCAAAUAUACCAGUCCAUAACGAUGCUUACUGGACCCCAGAAAUAUAUCAUGAAGCAAAAAUGGAAGAGUAUUACAAUUAUAACCCUUAUUGCCAUAAUUUAUACCAUCAGAAUCAUGAGUAUCCCGAAUUAAAUAGCCAUCAUGUUAUGGUUGAAGUGCCAGGGAAGGAUAACCUUGAAAGAGAUCUUCCAGGAGUUAAAUGUGUGGAGAAACCCAUCCAACAGCUGGCACAAGAAAACAGCACUCCAUUUUCUAAUACGUUGCAAAAGUUCCCGUCUAUAGCUAAAAAACAGACAAAGCCAACAUGCAGCAGUAAGCUAGAAAAAAAGAACAUUAAACGGAAACCAAGAAUCCUGUUUUCACAAACUCAAGUCCACGCUCUAGAGGUCCGUUUCAGAGCCCAAAGGUACCUCACAGCCCCAGAACGGGAACAACUAGCGAAAACAUUGAACCUCUCACCCACCCAGGUCAAAAUCUGGUUCCAAAAUCGACGAUACAAAAGCAAAAGGAUCAAAUCUCCCGAAGUAUCAACGUCUACGGAUGCAAAACCUAUCAAAAACAUCGGAAGAAAAUUAUACAGGCCUGAGAAUAGAGAUUUGCCACCACCCUACGAGUUCAAAGUCGAAAACACCCUUGCAACAGACAAUAUGACUUCUACGAUAUAUUUCGACGAUAGUUUAACGUAUGAAGAUAAUGAACAAGAGAAAUACUAUUCUAGGCAACUAAAUGAAGAUACAAAUGUAGGUACGAGUUCGGUACCGGAUAUUUAUCAAGGUGAAGUGAAGGAAGAAAUUUAUAAAGAAGCCGAAAUGAAAAAAUAUUUCCCUAUAAGCUACGUCUGUUGAUAGUUAAUAAGAAACCUACACCAUUUUAGACUGACUGCCAAAAAGUAUUAUUUUGUUAUUUUUUUUUUUUUGUAUUAAGAUAUUUUUGUAUUUUGCAAAACGCGCUUGUGCGAUUUAAAUAUAUUUUUAAGCUAUCCGCC